AUGGGCUGGGGUAGCGGAACUUCCAGAUUACCAUACCUGAGUACGCCAGAAGAAGCCAUCAAGAACAGGUCGACAACUGCCAAAUCCUAUAUCACGAACAAAUUUCCUUCGAAUAUUAAGGUAAAUCCCGAGGAUGUCGCCAUCGUCUUUGUCAACUCCGACUCUGGAGAAAAUUAUAUCACGGUCGAAAGAAAUCCCGGAGAUAGAAGCUAUGCUGGCCUGGAACUAUGGUACGGAGGCGAUAAAUUGAUCCAAGAAGCAGCCAAGAAAUUCUCAAGCGUCGUUGUAGUCGUACACACUGUUGGGCCGACACUUCUGGAAAAAUGGGUUGACCUACCCGCAGUAAAAAGUGUUCUUAUUGCCCAUCUCCCAGGCCAAGAGGCGGGGAGUGCAGUGGCAGACAUUCUCUUUGGUGAUGUUAGUCCCAGCGGCCACCUUCCUUAUACAAUCCCGAAAUCUGAAUCGGACUAUUCUCCAAGCUCGUCCCUUUUAAACCAGCCAUUUGGGCAGAUCCAGGAUAAUUAUGUUGAUGGCCUAUAUGUCGACUACCGUCACUUCCAGAGAGAAGGAAAAUCGGUCCGUUACCCAUUUGGCUAUGGGCUCUCUUAUACAACUUUCGGGUUUAACGAGGCUAGGAUAACCGCUGGAACCCACCUAUCCGAGUAUCCUCCUCCUCGGAUGCCAAAGGGCACGACACCGAUAUACACCGAUAAAAUUCCAGAUGGUUCCGAAGUUGCAUGGCCGAAGAAAUUCCAUAGGAUAUGGCGCUAUUUGUAUCCAUAUCUUGAUAAUCCAGCUGGCGCCAAAGCCGAUUCAAAGUUUAUAUAUCCCAAGGGAUAUCAGACCACGCCACAACCCGAUCCGAGAGCUGGAGGGUCUCAAGGUGGGAAUCCAGCUCUAUGGGAUGUAGUAUUCAGUGUCGCUGUCAAAAUCAAGAACACAGGACGAGUGCCUGGUCGUGCCGUAGCUCAACUGUAUGUCGAAUUGCCAGCUGAACUGGCUGCAAACACACCCAAGUUGCAGCUACGUCAAUUUGAAAAGACCUCAACGCUUGCUCCAGGGCAAGAAGAGGUAUUGAGAAUGGACCUCACUCGGAAGGAUUUGAGUGUUUGGGAUGUGGUAACUCAGGAUUGGAAGGCUCCAGUUGAUGGGAAAGGGGUGAAAUUACAUCUUGGCGAGAGUGUUGAAGAUUUGCAUAUCAUGUGUGAAAUCAGUUUCGGGACAUGCAGAGCCGUUUCAUAA